AUGAAAGUUUAAUUUUUAAUUACCUUUACUGCUUAUUUGCUAAUCUUAACUAGUGCUACUGAUGAGAAUUGCACUUUUACUAUUGAUCAGUUGAAUAACAAAGUAUUAAAAACUGUUCUAGUCAAAGAUUGUAAUAAUUGCUUCACAUCAGAUGUUACGUUAACUAUAUAGUCAAAUAGUUAAUAAAUCACUUCUCUAAAAUUGACAGCCGUCGAAUCUAGCAGCCCUGUAUAAAGUGUAACUCUAUAACCUGCUACUAAAUCUUUAACUAUUAAUACUAAUUUUAGCAUAGACUAUCCUACUCCUGGAGGUUUUUCUUUCAGUAAUUUGAUUAUCUCCUGUAACACAAAAUUAAUUUCAGGAAAACUCUACUAUGAUUUAACUUUCUAACCUAAAGUAAAUGGCUAAUUCUAAAUAUUUACAUUAAAUAAUGGAAUUACUAGCAGCUUAUUAGUUAAAAGUGUAGCUUAUAUCUCAAUGAUUAUUUGUAUAGUGCUAUUUUUCUGA